AAUCUGCUUCCGCCGCGAGCUCACGCUCGAGCUGGGAAUUGUAGUUCUAAGUGUUACGCUUUUAAAAUCUCCCCCAACAAUUUCUCCACGGAAACUCAUUUUAAACUGGAGAAAUUGAAGACUGGCGUCUCGUAGAAAUGAAAUACACGGCUUCACUUGCAGACGCUCUUCCUGGCACGAAAUUAGCGGGAUAUGCAGUUUAUUCGUGCACUACAACGACCGACGUCGCCCCUAAUGAAAGCGAGGCAGUGUAAACACAACUCCAGGAACAUGAAAAGAUCGGGUGACAGUGAGGGGGAGAAGAGAAGAAAGAGGCGGAGGCUACUGCAGGAGUUGGGAGACCAGAAGAUCCCCUUUCUGGCACCCUCAGAUCGAGGUUUUCAGCAGCUGUGGGACACCAGUUACUCUGGUCUCGUGCUAAGGAAAUCAUGCUCACUGCCUGCUGAGCUCCAUAGCCGGGUGCAGGCAGCUCUGCUCACCCUCAGAAGGAAGGGAUGCCUCCUGAAGGAUCUGGUUCGUGUUCGUGACCGAGAUGUGUUCACCGCUGUGUCACGUGCCCUGCUGGGCGAACCGGGCCAUACAUAUCGCUAUCUGGACACACGGCUCUUUGCCAUCCCCUGGCACAGUGAGGACAUAGAUGUCAAAGGACAAAACUGUUGUGACCCAGAUCUGAGAGCUGCCUGCAAGGCAUUGUGGGAACUUAACACCUUUUUCUGCACUGAUGUGUCUCAGCUGAAAGAAGGAGACAGGCUAACACAAUGGGCGAAGGGAGAGGCAGAAGCCAAACAAGGUGAAGAGGGGGACACAGAGUCUAAACACAGUGAAGACUCUAAAAAUAGUGAAGGAGGGGACUCGGAGUCCAGGCAGAGUGAGGAGGGGGACACAGAAUCCAAGCACAGCGAAGAGUGGGACAUUGAGUCAAAACACAGUGAGGAAGGCUGCUCUGGGUCUAAACAGGAAGGGGAGUGGGAGACUGAGUUCAAACACAGCACCGAGGAGGGAGAGUCUUCCCAAGUAAAGCCAGGUGAAACCAGUUUUUCAGCAGCUUCAGAGCAUGCUGAAGGAAAAUGUCCUGACUGGGGAGUGAAGGCCAGUGGUGGCACAGAGACUGAACCUGUGGGACUAAAGGCCCAGGAGAAACCUGUGGCCGAACUAAAGCACAGCCUAUCAGAUUACCACAUUCAGGACAGAGAGGAGCACGGGAGUGGCCAGGGCUGUUCUCAACCUAGUCCUCCACAGGUAUGCAGCGGUCCAGUAAAGUUCAAUGUCACCUUACUCAAUUACAUGGACCCAGCCGCAAUGAGCCAACUCAAAGAGGAGCCGUACUAUGGCAUGGGGAAAAUGGCAGUAGGGUGGCACCACGAUGAGAACCUGAUCACUCAUUCGCCAGUGGCUGUUUACAGCUAUAGCUGUCAUGAUGACAAAGGUGAGAGCAGUGAGGGAAGCAGCAGUGAUAAGGCCUGCUGGAGGAUUGGGCUCAAGGUAGCCUGGGACAUCCACACACCUGGCCUGAUGCUGCCGCUGGAGUCUGGAGACUGCUAUUACAUGAGAGAUGACCUGAACAGUACCCACCAGCACUGUGUCCUAGCUGGAGACACUGCACGCUUCAGCUCCACACACAGAGUGGCUGAGUGUUCCAGUGGAACCCUGACCUACAUCCAGUCACGUUGCCAGGAGGCCCUGUCCAACCUGCACACUGACCCCGACACAGGAUCCCAUAGGCUUGUGGCUCUGCUGCCGGCAACGCUACAGGACUGUGAGGAGAUUCACAAUGAGGUGGAGUUUGAGUGGCUGCGGCAGUACUGGUUUCAGGGCCAGCGUUACGCUCGGUUCUGCAGCUGGUGGACCAGACCGAUGGAGCAGCUGGAGAAGGACUGGAAGCUCAUGGAGACCAUGACUAUGCUUUUCCUGGCUGCAGUGGAGGAGGAAGACCAAGCAGAAGAAGGAAGGAGGGAGAUGGCAGAGAUCCUGCUGUCUGCUUUGACAGACAGACACCAGCAAAGACAGACAUGGAGAGACAGGUGCCACUCAAGUCUGGCCCAGACAUUGCCCCCCGAGGAGGCCCCAGUGGACCGGCCCUUCUGGGGUGUGGAUGACCCCAGCAUGCCUCUGCCCUUUGAUCUGGCUGACAUCAUUAACAGAGUGGAGUCACUGCUCUGGAGGAUGUAAAUAUGGAUAGAGGAAACAAGGAAGCAAGAAAAAAAUGACCCACCAGCUUUUCUGAAUGAUCCCCACAUUAGCUGAGGGGACAGACCAGAUUGAUUUCCUUUUGAUUAGGCCAUCUACAUCACCCCCGACUCCACCCUCCACUACCCCAGCUGACCCCAGCAUCUCAGUCACCUCAACUUGGAUUGGCUGGAAGGAAACCAACACAAGAAUAGUGCUUCAGUAACAUGCUAACAAACGCAAUGCUUAGUACCAAGCCACUAGUGUCACAACGGUCUAACAAAACAUAUAUGGAACCCGCAUUUCAGUGUUAACAUACAACAUUGUGUUACUAUUUAUUAUUUCAGUGUACUUUGUUACCUAAUCUCAUGUAACCCAGACAUGCUUUUAUCAGUGGAUUGUUCUCAUUCUCAGUAGUCAUAGUACAGUACAUACAUAUAUGCUUUCUACUUGUCACACAGUGUUAUAAUACAGUGUAGAAUGGUAAGAAAACUCACUUUGCUCACAGGCUAUUGCAUUCUUCACUUGUGUAUAGUGUAACCCUUUUAUUGUGUUAAGAAGUGAAAUGAGCCAGAAAAGACCAAAGAACGAUUAUAAGAGGAUGGUUAUGAAUGUCAUCCAAUGGAGUACAUGAAGAAUAUGUUGUUAAGUGUUUAUGGUGCAGUGGUGUGCUUGUGCCAUAUUAAUAUAUGUGUGUGUGUGUGUGUGUGUGUGUGUGUGUGUGUGCGUGCGUGCGUGCGUGCGUGCGUGCGUGCAUAAGAGCGUUCACUCUCCCAAAUGUCUACAUGAAAGCGUGUGUGUACGAAUGUGAUAGUGUGUGAGCCUGUAGGCAGCCUGCCAGUUGUUUGUUCUUGAAGAUGUGCAUAUGGAGAAACAGAGACUAGCAGCAGGGCCCCUCUGCUACUGCUCUGAUGAAAGGCAGCAUUGAUAGAAUGACCCGGAACACAACCGCCGUUUCUCAUAAUUACAGCUGUUCAAUCGCUUUUAAUUACUCUUAAAGUGUGUAGAGCACCACAUUCCCCUGUAAUGCUGCAGGCCAUCUAGAGAGUGAGAGAAAGAUCCGGCACUUCUGACAAAAUCCACAUUCAAAAAAGCUAAAAAGGGUGGAAAAGGGGGCCGACGUCAAAGCAGUGUAGCAGCCCUCCUCGUUUGAUUUCUUUCUCUAUCUAGUUCAUGAUGAAGUAGAGAUGCUGUUUACUAUUAAAAAUGCAGAAUGCACUCCUUUUUUUACUUCUGAAGUUUUUUCCAAGAUGUUAAUGGUUGCCAAACGCUGUUCUUCUUGCUUCUUCUUUUGCUGCGCCUUUGUUGUUUGUUGUUGUCAGAGAGAUUUGUUUGUAGAUUGGCAGUAGCUUUGACUUGUUUGAAUCACUCUGUGCUCCCUGCGCCACAGCUUGUCUGUCUGAAGCAAUAGGAAUGGCAGUAAAUAAAAAAAACAGUGUUUUAUCCAA